AUGAAGAAAAAUCCAAAAAGUACUGAAGAGAUCACGGAUUUGCCUAAUGUUGAUAAUUCAGAUAAUUGUAUGAAAAUGAAUAAUAUAAAAAAUGGAGACGAUGGAAAUAAUAAUUAUGGGAAAUCAGAUAACACAAAUGAAACAAAUCUGAAUGAUACUUUAAGUUACAACAAGUAUGGGAAUAAUUUCUUAAGUUACAAUGGAAAUUAUGGUUCGAAUAAAAUGUACAAUAAUCAGAAUAUGAACAAUAGAUAUUAUAAUAAGAUACAUUUUAAUGAAGAGAAUUAUGAGUAUUUUGGAAGGGGUAGAAAUUACAAAAAUUGCAAUAAUAAUGGUAAUUAUAACAACAAUAAUAAUAAUAAUUAUAAUUACUAUAACCAUUAUAAUAAUAAUAGUAGUAAUAAUAAUAAUAAUAGCAGUGGUAUAAGUAAUAAUUAUCAUGAUGGGGAUUAUGUGAAAUAUAACAAAAAGGGAAGUACUAUUCACAACAGAUAUAAUAAUAUCUAUACUACAAGUACUACCCAUAACACCUAUAAUAAUAAUAAUAAUAAUAAUAAUAAUAAUAGUAGUAGUAGUCACAAUUUUCAUAUUUCUAAUAAUAAUUUAAGUGGCAAUAAUUAUCAUUAUUAUAAUCCAUAUAAUUAUUAUAAUGGAUGUACAACUAUAGACAAUGAGUUGAAUGAAAAAGACCAUAAGCAGAUAUCGUCAAAAAAGAUGUCAAAUAGCGUGGCAACAGCAAGAAGUGAAUAUACUAGCGAAAGUAAAGAAUAUCAAGCUAAUGAUAUUAAUAAAAAAAAAAAUGAAUUCAAUAGGAAUGAUACAUGUAAAAAUGAUGUGAAAACAAAUGAUGUGAAAACAAAUGAUGUGAAAACAAAUGAUAUGAAAACAAAUGAUAUGAAAACAAAUGAUAUGAAAACAAAUGAUAUGAAAACAAAUGAUAUGAAAACAAAUGAUAUGAAAACAAAUGAUAUGAAGACAAAUGAUGUACGUCCAAUGAACAAAGAUCAGAAUAUGAAAAAAAACAUAAGAAUUAAUAAAAAUUAUUUUCCCAAAGGAAUUACUUCACCAAGAAAUAAUGGUAAUAUAAAUGAUACAUAUAUAAGAGACGAUAAUGUAUUAAAUACAUACGAAGAAAGUUUUACAAUGAAAAAUAAGAAAAAAAAUUAUUAUAGGUAUCAAAAUAAUUAUAAAAAUAAUACUUCAAACCAUUUCUAUAAUUCUUUGAAUAUGAAAUUGAUUAAUUAUGGAAACUUUGGUUACAAUAACAAUAAUCAUUAUAACAACAAUUAUAAUAAUAGUAGUAAUAAUUAUUACCAUAAUAAUAAUUAUCAUAAUAACCAUAGAGUCAACAUACAUAUGAAUUACAGAAAUAAGAACAACUGCAUGAAUAAUUAUUAUCCAUAUAAUAAUUACAUUGAUGCAAAGGAAAAUGAUACUAUGCAAAAAGGUACUUCCAGUCGUAAUAUCCUUUAUGAUAACAAAAAUGACGAUACAAAUUUUAACUGUUUUGGAAAGGAUAAAUAUGCAAAUAAAAAAAAUGAAAUUGAUAAAAAUCAAAAUGACAGUGUUGUUGUUUAUGAUGAGAAUACCAAUAAGGAGGACCAUAAGGAUGACAAUAAAAAUAGUAGUAAUGAUAAUAUACCGAAUGUUAAUAAUAGUGAUAAUUGUAAUUUAACUAGUGACGAUAGGUUAAGGUCAAGUAUCCAGGAAAAUAAUACAUGUAUAUCACCAAAAAAUAAUAGUGUUGUACUUAAUAAUACAAAUAUGGAAGAAAAUCGUUCUUAUAGCAAUAAUGAUAAUUCAUCAAAAGAUAUUAUUAUGGAUAAUAUGUGUGAUAAAUAUAAAAAAGAAGGCAAGCCCUCUGAAAACAGUGUAUAUGUUAAUACAUAUAAUGAUAAGGAAAAGAUAAAUCAUGAUAGUGAUGUGGCAAUGGAAAAGGAUAAUUCAGAUAUAAUAUAUACUGAAAUAGAACAAAAUUAUAAUAAAAAAAAUAAUAAUAAUGAUAAAAAGAAGGAUGAUAAUAUAGCUAAUGUUAAGGCUCAUUCCAAUUUUUAUGAUACAUUUGAUAAUAAUGAUAAGAGACAUGAUGAAAAUGGAAUGGCAGAAAUAAAAGGAGAGGAGGAAAAUCUAGAUAUAAAAAAAAUCUCCAUUAAAAACAGUAUGAAUAAAAAUAAUGUAUCCUAUUUGGAGAAUGAGCAAUAUUUGAAAUGUAAAAUUGGAGAGGUAACGAAUAAAAAUGAACAAGGUAAUACAGCUGAAAAUAAUAAUAAUAGUAAUAAUAAUUAUAGUAAUAAUAAUAAUAAUAAUAAUAAUAAUAAUAAUAGUAAUUAUAAUAGUAAUUAUAAUUAUAAUUAUUAUUAUCAUAAUAAUAUUAAUGAUUAUGAUGAUUAUUACGAUAUUAACGAUAAUAAUAAUUUGUUUAAGGAUGAAAAUUUUGAUAAUUCCACAAAUAAUAAAUGUUUUAAAUAUAAUAAUAGGAAUAAUAUAAAAAAUGACCACUCAUUCAAAUCACAUAUACAAUGUAAUAUGAACAGUUCUUAUAAUUAUAGUAAUGGAAAUACUUUACAUAGUGAAGGAAGUAAGGAAUUAUCUUAUGAAAAGAAUUAUUAUUCAUUUUCAAAAAACGAGACUUUUAAGAAAAAGGGUCCAAAUAAAAAUUACGCAAAUGGGUAUAAUUUUAAUUACAGUAAUAGGAGUGGGAAAAAUAUGAAGAAUCAUAACUAUGCCUAUAAUAAUUUUAACGCAGGAUAUCAAAGAAGUAAUAUGUCAAAGGAUAAUAAAUAUAAUGAUGAUGAGGGAAAUAAUAUGUAUGAAAAUGACGAGAAUAACAAUAAGGGAGACACAAUUAAAAAUAAUGAUAUUAUAAAUGAUAAAAGGGAGGAUGAUAAGAAUAUAAAACAUGUAAAAUAUGAUGAUGAUCAUAAUCAAAAUCUAGAUAAAGAUAAAGAUCAUAAUCAAGAUAAAGGUCAAAAUCAAGAUAAAGGUCAUAAUCAAGAUAAAGGUCAUAAUCAAGAUAAAGGUCAUAAUCAAGAUAAAGGUCAAAAUAAAUAUCAAGAUCAAUAUCAAGAUCAAUAUCAAGAUCAAUAUCAAGAUCAAUAUCAAGAUCAAAAACAUGAUCAAAAACAAGAUCAAAAACAAGAUCAAAAACAUGAUCAAAAACAUGAUCAAAAACAAGAUCAAAAACAAGAUCAAAAUCAAGAUAGCAUUAUUAAAAAUAACCAUAUAAUUAGUAUAGAGGAUGAUAAAAACGAAUGUGAGAUAUAUUAUCAUAGAGAUAACAAUAUUAUUAAUUUUGAUAAAACUGAUAACAACUGUGAUGUUCAAUAUUCUCCAAAUUUACAAAAUGAUGACCCUAACAUAACUAUUGAAAAUAAAGAGGAGAAAAAUAUCAAUACUGAUAUAACAAUUUGUGAUGGUUCAAUUAUACCAAAUAAUAAAAAUUACACUUAUAAUAAUUAUAGAAAUGAAGAAAAAAAUAGGAUUAGAAAUAAUUGCCAAGGUGUAAUAAAUAUGAUACAUGACAAUGACAACAUGAAUUAUCAUCCUAUUUCAAAAAAACGAUAUGGUUAUUUUAAAGAUAAGAAUUUCUCUUAUAAUAAACAUGUAGAGUCAGAUAAUAAUGUACGCAAUUAUGUCGAUCAUACACCUAUAAAUAUUUCUACAUAUAAUGAUUCCUACAAAACAAAUUUCCAAAGAAAAAAGGAUUAUAAUAGUUAUAUGACAAUGCCUUAUUCAAAUAAAAAGGAUAUUAAAUAUUAUAAGAAGAAAGGGAAAAUAGAGAGGAGAAUUAAAGAACAUAAUUGUUACAGUGGUAUAGUAGGAGAAAAUGAAAGAAAUAAAAUAAUAGAUAACAUUGGUGUAACAACUUCAAAUGGAUAUAUUACCCAUAAUAUUCAAAAUAUUCAAAAUUUUAAGAAUAUACCAAAUGUUAAGAAUAUGAAAAAUGUUCAAAAUAUACAAAAUGUUCAAAAUAUACCAAACAUUUCAAAAAUCUCCAACAUGCCCAAUAUAUCUAACAUUUCUAAUGGGUCUAAUAUUCCAAACAUGUAUAAUAUCCCGAACAUUCCGCAUAUCGUUAAAGGACAAGACCAAUUUUGUAAUUCUACAUAUGGAAGAAGCAACAAAGAAAGAAAAGCUAUCAUAUCGUCCAACUCAACUACCAAUUUAACUUUUGACACAAAAAAAAAGGCUACACAAAAUACCUGGGUUAUUGACCAUAUAAACAAUGAAGAAGAGGAACAAAUGAAUAACAUAACCUCCAUUUCAAACACAACGGUGAACUGUUACAAAUCCGAGUUUUCAUGUUAUAAAGAUAAUUAUAAAUACAAAAAACAUUCAACUCAUAUUUCUACACCCAAUUAUUCAAUGAACAAAGAUAACGGUGUACUAAACGUAAUAAGUUCUGUUGACAAAUUAGUAAAAAAUGAAUACAUGUACAACGAAGAAAAGGGAAGAAAACGAGCAAACAAAAUUAAUAAUAAGAUGAACUGGCAAAAAAAAGGAUUCAUGUUAGAGCAAAAUAGGGAGAAAAUAAAUAUAGUAUUAAAUGAAGAAAUGAAUAUGCCGAAUGUGGUGAAUUGUACUAAUACAUCAACUGUAUUAAAUGAUGCAAAGGAAUUUCAAACGUAUGACGAAUUGAAACAAAAGAAAAAAAACAAAAAAAAAAUAGAAGAAUUGUUUUGUAUGAAGAAAUCAAUAGAUUUGUUGCAUGUAAGAUCAAGAUCUGAAAAUUUCCAUUGCAGGAAAAAUAGUUUUAAGAACUUGGAAAUUUCUAUGAUGAAACCGCAUAUGCAACACUUUGAACAAUCUAUAAAUAUGGAAGGGUUUAGAUGUAUAUUGAGUAAAAUGAUGAUUAAUUAUGAAGGUGAUAUGAUAGUGGAUGAUCAAGAGGAGGAAGAAAAAGAAGAAGAAAAAGGACAAGAAAAAGAACAUAAACGGGAAUGCCAAUGCGAAUGCCAAUGCGAAUGUCAAUGCGAAUGCCAAUGCGAAUGCCAAUGCGAAUGCCAAUGCAAAUGCCAAUGCGAAUGCCAAUACCAAUGUCAAUGUCAAUGUCAAUGUGAACAUCUAAAUGAACAAUAUAAUGAUAAUAAAAAUCAUCCUGAGCAUGAUAAGGAAGACAACAUUAUUCAGAAGAAAGAUGAAGAUGAAAUAAAAACCGAAAAGGAUCAUAAAGAAGAAGAACAUGAAAUUUAUAACACCAAAGAAGAACCAAAAUAUUAUUCUAAUAAUAAUGUACACAACGAGUCUUAUGUCACACAUCAUGAUAGCCUUAAGAACAAUGAAACAAUUUCAACAAAUACUUCUGGUUGUUCUAUGAUUAAAAAUGACGAUUCUUUUGGUGAUAGUGUUAUAUCUAAUAGCUACUUAUAUAAGGAAAAUGAUUUAAAUACAAAUAGUUGUAUAAAUAAAAUAAAGCAAUUGAAGGAUGAUAAUAUAAAAAAGGAUAAUAGUAUGGAAGAGACUUAUAUGAACAAUAUGAACAUGAAUACUAUGGAUAGUAUACAUUUUGAUAGUAUACAUAUUGAUAGUUUACAUAUUGAUAAUUUACAUAUUGAUAAUAUAAAUAUUAAUACUACUAAUAACAUAUAUAAAAAUGGUGAUAUAGCAAAUAACAAUAGAAAUGGAGGGGAUGUUAACAGGGCUCUUUUUAAUUCUAGAGAAAACAUUACUGAUGAGUAUAGUAUGAAAACUCAAAACACUUUUCUUUGUAUAUAUGAUGAAAACAAUAAAGAAAUGUUUGAUAAAAAAAAAAAGAAAAAAGGGUUUUACCAAAAAAAUGAUUUUCCUAUGAAAAAGGAUGUAAGUAGUGAUAUUAUUUUAAAUAAGCGUUCAUUAGAAGAAAAAAAUAAUUGUGAUUUGACGAUAUAUACUAAUAAUAUAAAUAAUAGUGAUACGAAUAUGGAAAAUUGUUAUGAUACCUCUUGUGCUACCAAAACGUAUGAUAAUAUGAAUAGUAGAAAAUUUGGUAUGGAUACAUAUGUGAAAGAGAGUGAUAAAAUAACAAAUAGAUUGUGGAAUAAUAAUAUAGAUAGAUAUUCUUAUAAAAAUGGAAGGAAUGGAGUGUAUUAUAAUGAGUAUGGUAAGAUGGAAGGAGGAAGUUAUGAUUAUCACCCUAGUAAUAUUAUGAACAAGAAAUUUGGUAACAAUAAUGACAAUGAUAAUGAUAAUAAUAAUGAUAAUGAGAAUAAUAAUAAUGAUAAUAAUGAGAAUAAUAAUAAUGAGAAUAAUAAUAAUGAGAAUAAUAAUAAUAAUAAUAUUGAUGAUGAUAAUAAUAAUAAUAAUAAUAAUGAUAAUAAUGAUGAUAAUAAUAACAGUAAUGACAAGAGCAACAGCAUGAAUAAUAAUUUUGGUAAUUAUCAUAAUAAUAAUAGUAAUAGUAAUAAUAAUUAUCAUAAUAAUAAUUAUCAUCAUCAUAAUAAUAAUUAUCAUCAUCAUAAUAAUAAUUAUCAUCAUCAUAAUAAUAAUUAUAAUCAUCAUCACAAUAAUUAUAAUCAUCAUCACAAUAAUUAUCAUCAUCACAAUAAUUAUCAUCACAACAAUUACCAUGGUAACAAUCAUUUUAAUAAUUAUCAUCAUAAUAAUAUGAAUUCAUAUAAUGAUGGAAGAACCAUACCAAAUAAUAGUUAUAGUGGGAAAAAUAGUUACAAUAAUAAUAUGGGAGAACACAUAAAUAAUAUAGACAUAACAUCUGGUCAGAGGGUUCUGAAGGAUGAUAUGAAUAAAAAUAAUUUAUAUAUGGUUCAUAAUCAACAUAAUUUUGAAGAAUAUAAAAAUUAUAUGAAUACAAAUGUGAUAAGACAUAACAAUCUGCAUAAGAAAAAAUAUAUGACAGGUACAAAUUAUCAAGUGAAUAAUUAUAAUGAUACCUAUCAUUUUAAUAAUAUGAGGGGAAAACAGUAUUAUUUAAAUAAGUACAAUUAUAAUAAUCAUCAUGAUAUGGUAUAUACGAAUGGGAAAAACGUAGAUGUAUACAAGCAUAUGAGGGCAAACAAUAAAAUAGAAACAUAUAAUAAUAUGAUAAAUGGUAUGAAUGAUAUAAAUGUGAAUAAUAAUGUACGUAAUAAUACGAAUAACUAUUCUAAUGAUUCUUAUUUGCAUGCACAAAGUGGAGAUGUGCAAAAAGUAUAUACGAAUGAUGAAAUUGUAAAUGACAAACAUAAUAAUAAUGAUAAUAAUAAUAAUGAUAAUAAUAAUAAUAUUAGGAAUAAUAUUAGUAAUAAUAUUUGUAAUAGUAGUAAUGAUAAUAUGAUAGCAGUAGAUAUAAAUGAACAAAAUAAUAAAAGCGAGGUAAUUAAUAAAUGUGAUGAUAACAAUGAUGAACAUGAUAAAAUGGAUAAUAAAAGUGUGGUAAGUUAUAAAAGUUAUGGAAAUAAAAGCGGUAUAAGUGAUAAAUAUUUUAAUAAGCAUAACAAUGAAAAUAAUUAUAAAUAUAGUAACAACAAUUAUUUUAAUCAGUCUAAUGAUAUGAACAAAAUUACAAAUAAGUACAUGAACCAUAAUUAUUCCAACGAUAAUUUUAAGGAUAACUAUAACAAUAGUAAUGAUAAUAAAAAAAAAAAUUUACAUUAUUUUAAAAAAAAUAAAAUGAAUAAUACAUUUAAUAGUAAUAGAAAUAAGUACGGAAUUGAAAAUUAUGAUGAUGUAAAUUAUCCAAAGGAUUACAAUGAAGAUAAGAUGAACAAUAACAACAACAAUAAUAAUAAUAAUAAUAACAACAGAGAUAGACAUAAUUAUCAUACUGGUGAUAGAAAUAAUUAUUAUUACCAUAACCACAAAAAUGGUUAUGAUUUUGGUGUGGAAAAUAUCCCAAGUCAAAUUAAAAGAAGACAUCGAAAAUACAUGCCACCAAAUAAUUACCAAUUAAAUGAAAAUCAUUCAACAGUUAACAAUAAUAAUAAUAAUAAUAAUGAUAAUAAUUAUAAUUAUGAUUAUAAUAAUAAUAAUUAUAAAAAAUAUUAUUACAAUAAUAAUUAUAAUAAUAAUGAUUACGAUAAUAAUAAUAAUAAUAAUAAUAAUAAUAACAAUUAUUAUUAUUAUUGUAAUGAUGAUAAUUAUUAUAAACAGACAUACGAAAAAAAUAACCAAGAUUACCACAAUGAUGAUUUUAAUCUACCAGUAAAUUACUAUGAAGAUAAUAUGAAAGAAAAUAAUCAUAUGAAAGACAACAAUGAAUUUUUCAAAACUGAAGAAAAAAUAAAUGAAGAAAAAAUAAAUGAAGAAAAUAAAGUUGAAAAGGAAGACAGCAAUGAAGAAAGGGAAAAAAUAAAGAAUGAAAAAUUUAUGAGUGAUGAAAAAUUUAUAUGUGAUGAAAAAUUUAUGAGUGAUGAAAAAUUUAUGUGUGAUGAAAAAUUUAUGUGUGAUGAAAAAUUUAUGUGUGAUGAAAAAUUAACGUGUGAUGAAAAAUUAAUAUGUGAUGAAAAAUUAAUAUGUGAUGAAAAAUUAAUAUGUGAUGAAAGAUUAACGUGUGAUGAAAAAUUGAUGCACAACGAAAUAGAUGGAGAUAGAAAAAAAAUUCAAGAAAAUGUAAUUCCUUCAAAAGUAGACAAAGACAUUAAGAGAAGAAAAAAAAAGGAACAUUUUAAUAACUCGUUUUCAAAAGCAAAUAUAUUCAACAAUUCAUAUAACAUUAAGAACUUGAAUAAUAAUGAUAAUAAAAAUAUGAACACCAUAAGUGAUGAUACAAAUACAAUAAAUGAGAGGAAUGCAAAGAACAAAAAAAAAAAAAAGAAUUAUCAAAAUAAUGUAGACGUGGUUCUUGAUAAUAUAGAGACGGUACCUAGAGCAAGAGAAGAGAAAUUAAGGAAACAAAAAAAGGAUAAUAAAAAAAUAUACAAACUGAAAGAUAAUAAUAUUAAAGAUAAUAACAUUAAAGAUAAUAACAUUAAAGAUAAUAAUAUUAAUGAGGAUAGACAUUAUGAUGAUAAUUGUAAGGAUCAGAAUAAUUGUGAUGAUAAUUAUAAGGAUGAGAAUAAUUGUGAUGAUAAUUAUAAGAAUGAGAAUAAUUGUGAUGGUAAUAAUUAUGACAAUAAUAAUAAUAAUAAUAAUGAUAACAAUAAUUAUAAUGAAAAUAAUAAUAAUUAUUAUUAUGAUGAUGAUGAUAGUACGAUAAUUAAGAAAAAUUCAUAUACCUAUAAAGUAAAAGAUCAUUCAUAUUAUAAUUACAAUAGAAAUAUUUCUUCAACCAAUAAAUAUGAAUCAAAUUAUAUUGUACAUGAACAUAAUUCAUAUAAUAAUAAUAAUAAUAAUAAUGAAAAUUAUACAAAUCCAUAUGAAUAUAAAAAAAACAGUUAUAACAAAAAUAAUAACUACAAUAAUAAAACGAAUAAUAUGUACGACACAAAUAGUUACAAUAAAGGAUAUAAAAAUUAUAAAAAUAAAAAUCAUAAAACCACUCCCACAGAGCAGUACAAAAAAUUUUAA